UUUUUCACUUAUUACGCCGCCAGUUUUAAUUGUUGCUCUUGGGUCGACAGUGACGCACGUUUUCUAGAUUUGCUGCCUGAACACAUCACAACACACAACCUGACAUUUUGCAUAUUCAAAAGAGUAGCCUAAUAAAAUCCCGGUUCGAUAUCUACUUAUAUGGCGCUGCUGCACAGUCUGCAUUCCCAAUUUUGUUGGCUCAGAACUGCCAAUGUUAUUUUGUUGCUUUGCUGGUUCCAAUCGAGUGUCGCUUACGGUGACUUUUACAUGGUGAAUUCAACGUUAAUUUAUGAUGCCUGCGUGAGUGAUUGUGAAACAUCUCAGCAGGUCGACCAAAUUCUGAUUGGGGACUGCCAACGAGGCUGCAGGUUAUUCGACACAUUAAUUAUUCAGAAUUCGAUAUUCGCACAAGUUGACGAGGCGAUUGCUCUCCCAAACUGUCAGCGGUCAUGUGCAGAAGCGUACGGUAGCGCAGUCGGUGCGGUGACGGCCUGUUUUGACGGCUGUACCAACGCCCAACGGGAAUAUCAUGCACGAUCUGUGCUACUGCGUCAAUACAUCAGUGAUUUACAACGCAACUUGACCUUUUUCGAAUGGUUUCCUAGGCGACCUAAAACAGUUAAUAAUUUCGGUUGGCCUUCCGCAUUGAAAAGCGGCAAAAGUGUUCGGCAUUCCGACGAAACUCUCAACACCAUCACUACUCCUCACAAUCUGAAUGAUUCCAGACUCUCGGACAAGUCGCAAAUGAAUUUUCGCGCCAAUUUGAAUCAGCAGCUGCCAGUUGAUGAUCAAAGUACGCGGAGAGGGACGUUGAAGCAACCGACCACAAUGCCCAACUGGAUGGUUCACAGCGCCUUGGCUGUUUUCGUUCUUGGCGCCAUCAUGGUUUUGGCAACAUGUUGCUACUGUUGCAUCUUUGGCCGACAUCACAUUACCAAAUACAUGCCGAGUCGGAGUAAGUCAAUUGAUAGCGAUCUGCCCCCAAGUUACGAACACCUUAUGAGGAACACUGUUUAAAUACCAUUUGCUGUGAUGUGAUAUUAUGUGUUAACAUUUCAUGAAACAGAGCAACGAGGAAUUUUAGUAUAUAACGUAUCUUAUAGAAUUAUAACACGGUGGAUUCAGACUAAACCAUGUGUAUUUGUGUA